UCUGCGCCUGUUGUGACGAAACAUCAAUCAGCGCUCGGCCAUGUCGAACAAGGCUUCCAAGGUCUGCAUAUCAUUCCAGGGGAACGCCGCUAUUCUGCCGGAUGCAGGUGCAGAAGGCUGCCAUCAGGGUCUAGCAUGUCGUGCUACAUCGCACAAUAUAGGACUGUCCAAAUUGCACAUAUGCUUCCUCCAAGAUUCCAGCGAUCAAUUUCUCCACCAUCUCUAGCACAUGUCUACUAUGCAAGCCGCACCCACUCCCGACGGAAGUCUAUCCCCUGGCACGGCAGCGCAGCAUGUUGCAUCCACUCGUUUUGCAGAACCCCUCUCACUCCCCAUCAGGGGCCUCACGUCGUCUUCCAUGUCACUGGUCAAGACCCAAUCCACAGAAGGAGAAGCAGAGAAGGCCGCCAUAGACAGCCUAGCGAUUGUCGAAGUCGAUAACGAAGUGCUAGACUCUCCCCCGGACGGCGGUCUCCAUGCCUGGAUGACCGUGGCCGCAGUCUGGCUGGUGACAUUCACGACGUUCGGGAUCGUCAACGUCUGGGGCAUACUGCAGAGCGCGUAUAUCAGCGACCCCAGCUCCCAUUUACGUGAUCGGACGGUUGCGCAGAUCGGAUACAUAGGCGGCUGCUCUGGAGGAUUCACGUUUGCCGUCGGUCCGCUCGCGAACAUCCUUGUCUCCAGGGUGGGCGUGCAGUUCACCGUACUCUGUGGAGUCGUUUUGGUGUCACUCUCCCUCAUGCUGGCAUCGAUUUCGAUGCAGUACUGGCAGCUUCUGCUCUCGGAAGGCAUCCUAUUUGGCAUCGGAUGUUCAUUCGCUUUCAUUCCCGCCGUUGGGUUACCCUCGCAGUGGUUCGCCAAGCGUCGAAGUUUAGCAACGGGUAUCGCCAGUUCCGGCAGCGGCAUCGCUGGCGUUGUACUACCUCCCAUUUCGCAAGCGCUUAUCAGUCACACUUCCAUCGCCUGGUGUCUACGAUUCCUCGGUUUCAUAAGCCUCGCUUUCGGUCUUUGCGGAGUGCUCCUGAUCAAGCAACGCUCGGUUGCUAAGCGUAAUGUGCAAUACAAAGCCUUCGACUGGAGAGUACUCAGAAUCUCCGGGUUCCCGUACUUCUUGUUGUUUGUCUUCUUCCAGUUCUUCGGCUACGCGACACCGUUGUUCUUUAUACCAAGCUACUGUACUGCCGUCGGAAUCUCCGCAUCCAAGGCGUCCGGAGUGGUCUCCGUUGCGAACGGCAUGCAGGUCGUAGGCAGAGUGCUGUCGGGAACGCUGGCGGACAAGGCUGGGCCGAUCAAUUUGCUGAUAGUCUUCAGUCUGUUAAUGGGGCUGUCCUCGAUCGUGAUGUGGUACUUUGCGGCCAGUCUGGGCGUUUUGAUGGUCUUCGCUGUCUUUUAUGGGAUCUUCGCUGGAGCAUACUGGUCCCUGUCUGUCCCUACUGCUGUCAAGAUUGUUGGUAUAGAGAAGCUUGGCACCGCAGUAUCAUUCCAGUUCCUUGCGGUCAUCAUACCUUCCAUCUUUUCAGUACCGUUGGGGUCGCAGAUCAUCAUGAAUACAGUACGCGACGGAAAGAUGGACCUGGAGUCGCGCAGUGCGUAUCGGUAUCUGAUCGUAUGGUCCGCGUUGGUAUCUGUCGUGGCGUCCCUCGUGCUUCUCCCAGUACGCUUCCAAUUCAACAGACGAUUGUUUGAGAAGGUAUGACGCGGUCAUCAGCAAGCUGGUCUUAGAUCAUUAUCUUCUCUGGUCUACCCCACUUCCUGCGAACGAUACCCAUAGUAACGAUGUAUGGAACAGGCGUUCGGCCGUUUGGAUGGUCUGCAUUAGAUGAUCAGUGUUUGACUCUAUACCCGACUCGGACCACGUUGCCUCAGCUAGGAUUGGGGUACCAUGCCUGUACGAUGCUCCUGUAAAUCUCUGUUAGCACUCAACAUGCAGGUGUGAGAGCAAACCUC